CGAGAAAGUCUGACAUCAUAAAUACCUAUCACCACAAUCCAACACAAAAUGUUUAGAGUUUUACUUUCGCUGCUGCUACUGGGCUUCUGUUCCUGCACUUUCGCUGGCUUCCUGCAUGCUCCCCCACCAGCUCCCGUUGCCGUGCAGGCUGUUUAUAGUGCACCACCUGCUGUGGCGUAUGCAGCACCACCGCCUGCACCACAUGCGUAUGUGAAGUACGGUGCUCCUGCUCAUCAUGUCAGCACUUAUGCAGCGCCUUCUCCCGUUAUCAAGUAUACGCUGGGUGCGCCCGUCACCACCACAACUACAACUUAUACUGGUUUCGCUGCACCACCACCGCCACCAGCAGCUGUCAGCUAUGCUGCACCACCACCACCGGCUGUUCACUACGCUGCACCACCGCCAGCUGUUCAUUAUGCUGCACCACCUCCAGUUGUACACUACUCAGCUGCCCCGCCAGCUGUUCACUAUGCUGCACCACCACCACCAGCUGUUCACUACUCAGCUGCACCACAGCCAGCCACAUUUGUCACCAGAUUAGCUGCACCACCGCCAGCACCUUAUCCGUAUCACACCAAAUUCGCAGUGCAUGCCGCACCUCCAGCUACUGCAAUUGCCACUUAUGCAGCACCAGUCGCUGCUGUGGAAGCUGAAGUUCCACUGCCAUGUGACACCACCUGGAAAUCCGAAUCUGUGGCUCAACUUUCGUUGCUGCUCCUUGGACUAACAUCUUUGGCAUUGGGCGAUGUUUCGCAUCUACCGCCAGCUAAUUUGGAAUACUCGAUAACGCCCAGCUCGCAGGUUGCCUACUAUCAUUAUCCGGUGCCGCGAGGACAACAGCUGCGUCAUCAGGUGGCACGUCAAUUCGCUGCCCCCGCUCUGGAGCAUGCCGCAUUCACCCAGGCGCUGACAAGUCGUGGCUAUGUCUUUGGGGCUGGCAACACGGCAGCUGCCUCUGCCCCACUCACUGCGGCUGUGGCACCGAGUGCAACGGGUCGUUCGAUUGCUGCCCCAGCGUCGCAUGCCGAUGGCAAUUCCUUGAACCUUAAGCUGCCCGUGCCCUUCGGUGUGAUGCCACUGAAUGUGGCACACUUGCCGCUCCAAGCUGGUGCCCCAUAUGCCUCGGUGCCACAUACCACGGGCUUGACUUCGUAUGGCACGGCGCAACUCAUCAUUGCCGCUGUUGUCGCUUGCGCUGCUGCCAAGCCAGGAGUUGUUGCACCACUUGCUGCUGCCCCACUUGCGGCUGCUGCACCACUCGCCUAUGCGAAUGCACCACUUUAUGCCGCUGGAGGCAGCAGCCAGGUGGAUGUGCGCAACAACUAUGAUGGCACUCAAUCUUCAUACACCACCGCGCCCUUCGAGCUGACUCCACCUUACUCCAGCCGCUACGUCUCUGGCAUUCCCGCAGCUGCCUACGCCGCUGCUCCCUAUGCCGCUGCUCCCUUGGCUGCUCCAGUUGCUGCUCCCCUGGCUGCUCCUCUGGCUGCUCCAGUUGCUGCUCCCCUGGCUGCUCGUCUGACCGCUCCUCUGGCUGCUUCCUACGCCGCUCCACUGGGUGCUCCUCUGGCCGCUUCCUACGCCGCUCCUCUGGCUGCUCCUUAUGCUGCUCCCUACGCCGCUGCUCCCUUCGCCGCUCCCUACAGCUUCGGCGCUCCACUCGCUGCUCCCUACAGCUUUGCUGCCCCCGCGCCCGCAGCAUUUGUCCAUGGUCAAACAUUGACUGACGCGUCUUCAGGCCAAGCAGUAGCAACCACUCUCCACCCACCAAAAAUCAAAUCAAGCAAGAUGUGGCAGCUGAAAUUGGCUUUCUUUGUGGCCUUGGCUUUGUGCAACAGCGAAGCGAGACCUUCGCAUCACUUUGAUCAUCACUUCGAGCCUCAUUUCAAUCACUUGGAGCAACUUCAUGGACAUGUGGAUCACGUGGAUUAUGCAGCACCGCUACUGGAAUCCUUUGCUCCUGUGCCAGCGCCUGCUCCCGUUUGGCCAGCUCCUGCACCUGUAGCUCCAGCACCUGCUCCACUUUGGGCACCUGCUCCUCUCGCACCUGCUCCUUUAGUACCUGCUCCUGCUCCUUUGCUGCCUGCUGCGCUGCCUGCUCCACUGUGGCCAGCUCCAGCUCCCCUGGCACCUGCUCCAUUGCCAGCUUUGGUGCCUGCGCCAGCUCCAUUACUUCCCGCUGCCGUUCCGUGUCCUCCCGCUGUUCACACACAUGUGCUGCCCACCACUGAAGUGCAUCUGCCCACAGUGACACAACUUCUGCCACCUGUGCUCGAGUCGGUGCCUUUCGCUUCCAGCUAUCGCGCUAUUCCCGGACCCAAGACCACCUCACACCGCGUGUCCUUUGGCUAUGCUUUCCCCAAGCUAGUGGCAGCUCCACAUGCUCAUCUGCGUGCUCUGCCUUUGAAGUUGGCUCAUCAUCAUCAUCAUCAUUCGCUUUUCUAGUUUAGAGUUGGAUUUGGAGUUUCUAAAGGGAAUAUUGGAGUCAUAUUUUAAUCAUAAUACUUUAUUGUAGCUGCACUGAACCACACCAAAGACGUUUUGUGUCAUGUUUAAACAUAUACCUUAAAUUACGUAUUUAUA